AGGAGGGAGGGAGUGAUUGAGGGACAGGUGACGUCAGGCCGGGGGUGAGCGAGUAGCAGCGCGAGAGGGGCAGAGAAAGAGAAAGAGAACGAGCGAGUCUGGGGCGCGCGCUCCGGGUACAGGCACUGACUGCCAUGAAGUUGCAAGUUAGUAACCAGCUCAUGUAGAUACUUUGUUUCCAUUCUCUUUUUUUCUGGGGAGAUUUUUUUCUUUUUUUUGGAAACAUUGGGGUUGUUGCAAAGUCAGCAGAAGGGGCGGGGACAGGGGGGAAUCCUGUGCACACAGAAACACACAUACACACACACACCCCCCUUCCCACCCUCCCCCCAGACAGACAGUGAGACACACACCCAGACACAGACUUGCCAGCGUGCACUUGGAGAAGCCCCCUUAUACCCACACACACGGAUAGAGAGCCGGCGCCAUGUCGUCCGCGGCGGUUGCAUCGACCAGAAGGCAGUCUUGCUACCUGUGUGACUUGCCCCGCAUGCCGUGGGCGAUGAUCUGGGACUUCACGGAGCCCGUCUGCAGAGGGUGCGUCAACUACGAAGGAGCCGACCGCAUCGAGUUCGUGAUCGACACCGCCCGUCAGCUCAAGAGGGCACACGGAUUCCAAGACGGCCGCUCACCCGGUCCCAUCCCGACCCCAGGCAAAGCAACCCUGACCAAAGAGUCUUCCGUCUCGAUGGUGCACUCGGCGGAUGGCUGCUCGUCUCGCCCGCCACAGCCCUUGGAUCGUUACCCGCUGGCCUCCGACCGGCCGCCUCCUCGCCUGGACUUCCCGCCGUCCCGGCAAAACGGCGCCGUUAACUUGUUGAACGGAUACUCGAAGGCGGACGAGCCACCGGAGCUGAAUCGGCAAAGCCCGAACUCUCGGCGGGCGCACGGCGCGCCGCCUCCGCCUAACCUGGUGCCCAUGGUGAACGGCAGCUCGCACUCGCUGCCCCCGCCGCCCCCGGUUCACGGCGUCAACGGGCGGCUGAUGGAUGUAAACAAACGGCCGGGCGGCAGCGGCGCCGAGCAUGAGGCGAAGGACAGCAAGCACCGGGCGGACGAGCUGCCCGACAGCCUGAAGUGCCGGGGCGACGACUGGGCCACCAAGCCCAAGACGGUAAAGGACACGCUGCUAAGUCUACCGGGACACCCGCCCUUCGACGUCCGAUUCAAGAAGGAGCACCCCUUGCAACAUGGCCGGGUGCUCGCCUUCGAUGCCACAGCGUCGGCCAAAUCAGGUACCCGAGGAGGCCGCAAGAGGAAAGCUUCCCCCGAGCCCGAUUCCGAAGGUGGGGGACCACCACUCGGUAACAAGGUCAACGGAGAGGUGCAGUCGUGGCUACCGUUGUCGGCCGAUGGCCUGAAGAUGACCUCUGUGUCGUACGCCCCGUCGCCUUCUCCGCACUCGACGCCGCCGGACGCCGGGCAGAACGGACAGUCGCCCAUGGCGGCCCUGAUCCUGGUGGCGGACAACGCGGGCAGCGUGCAUUCGCCCAAGGAGGCCGGCCAGGUGCACUCGACCACCCGCCGCAACAGUAGUAGCCCCCUGUCGCCGGCGUCGCUGAGCCAGCGGCGACUGGGUCACCGGGACGUGCCGGCGCCGGUGGGCACCCCACACCCAGGCAUGGAGCCGGUUCACCCGCCCAACAUUCCAGACUCGUCGGUGCCCAACAGCGUGCCGCUCUGCUGCACCAUAUGCCACGAACGCUUGGAGGACACCCACUUCGUCCAGUGCCCUUCGGUGCCUUCGCACAAGUUCUGCUUCCCCUGCUCCCGGGAGAGCAUUAAGCAGCAGGGUGCCACCGGCGAGGUGUACUGUCCCAGCGGCGAGAAGUGCCCGCUGGUCGGCUCCAACGUGCCCUGGGCUUUCAUGCAAGGAGAAAUCGCCACCAUUCUGGCUGGAGACGUCAAAGUAAAAAAGGAGAGAGACCCAUGAUUCGUUAGUGUGUUUGUGGUUUUUUUUUUAAAGACACUCUUUUGAAACCUCUCCCCCCAAAAAACUGAUUAAUUGUAUAUAUUCAACAAGUAAACAUGGCUGUAAAAUUUUGAUUUUCAAUACAUUGUCUUUCUAUAUUUUUUGAAGAUUACCAAGGUAUGUUCUCAUAAUGACCGUUCCCGGUUUUUUUCUCUCUCUCUGUUGAUGUAAAUCGUUAUUAUACCUUAUUGGUAAAAUCUUUGUGUACUGGCCUUUUCUUGGUGACAGUAACUGUUAAAUGUAGACUGUGACUAAUAUUGCUUUCAGAGCACUUGGCAAAAAAAAACUGAAUGCUUCUAGCUGUACUUGUAUGCACUUGUUAAAAUUGCCAAAUACAGUUUUCUGGCAUUUUAUUAAUA